UUCUCUCCUUCUUCGUCUCCUCCUGAGAGGAAAAGAAGGAAGCGCGAUGAGCUGCAUGUUGAAAUUGCCCCAUGCGUAGAUGACCAAAACAGUGGCAUGGCGACAUGGGUGUUGCAGAAAUUUCACGUGCAGAUUCUGCAACUGUGCGAGAUUAGUUCUGUGGCGGUGCGCCAGCUGGCUUUUGAGGUCCUGCAGCUUUGUGCGGAGGGGGGACUACUUCCACCGUCCAAGUAUGCAAGCGCCUUGAUAGUUCUUGCUGCAGAUCCACAGAACGAAGUAAUUCGGAAGGCUGCCGUGGACUGUAUGGCAUCACAGACCAAGCGUUACGCUGACAUCGUUGCCGCCAAUGCUGCCACUGGUGUAGUGAAGGCAUUUGAUCUUCACGACGCAUGUGGAGUGGACGUGCUGCGGAGCGCCGUCCUUUCCGACACUGGCCCGGAGGCGGUAGAGUGUGUGCAUGCGCACCUCUUCACAUCAUUUCGUAAGCGUCACCGUGAUGCAUUUCUCUCAUCAUUGCUGCGGUACUUUUACCAAGAAGGCCGGGCAGCACAGUGGCUAAGGGAACACCGCGAGAAGGAUGGGGAGUCGGCGCGAAGCCCGUUUCCUUUCUUGGGUCAUUUGGCAAUUGUCAUGGCACACGUCCCUUACACGCAAGAAAGCGAUGUGCUGCAUGUACUGGACGGAUGUCGCACAGCUGUGGACUUGGUGGGGCAGAGCUGUCUUGACUUUGCAGAGGCGCAGCGAUCUCUCCUGCAGCCAGAGAAACGCUCCACACAUUCGGCGAAGGGGAGAAAAAGUGAUCGUUGGAGUGAAGCCACGGCAAAGCCGGAUAUUUCUGUUGAGCUGUGGUUGUGCUUUGGAAUUCUGUGUAUUUUGCAGCUGCGCGCCUUUCUCUGUAAUGAGUACGGCCUGCAUCGGGCAAAGCUGCGGCGCUUGGCAAUGCGGCGCAGUGGCGGCGACACUCAUCAGGCAAAGCUGCUUACCCGCCGUGAACCGCAGAGCGCAGCCUCCGUGGCGUUCCGGCAGAGCAUCGCAGCCGCUCUGCAGACGGUGGCUCCGCUGUGGGAGGGUCCUUCUGCUGGUGCUGCGGCUACUAACAGUCGGCGCCGCGCACUGGAGGAGCUUUGUGCCGCCCUCUCGAGGCUCAUGCGGGAGGCCGAUAUGGAGGCGGAGACUGACGAAAACGAGAACGUCUGCGGUAGCCGAGGCAGCACACAACGGAAGUCGAGGGGCUCACGAGGAAAACACUCCGCGGCAGCGGCAGAAGACGACAAACAAACGGGACAGCGGCAAUACCAACAACAACGGCAGCAGCAGCAGCAGCGGCGGGUAUUAAAACAGAGGCGUCGUCGUCGGAUGAUUGAGGAGGAGGAAGAAGAGGAGAAUUCAAGCAGCAGCAGCAGUAGCGGUUCUUCCUUUUUCUCCUCCUCCUCCUCCUCCUCUUUCUGA